AUGGCCGACAACGACGUAUACACAGGCCCGCGCAACCCCAAAGUCGCCCUCCUGGCCGCUCAGCUCGCUGCGCCUUCCACAUCCACCUCCCGAUCUCGCUCAGACAGAGACGAUGAGGACCUGGACGACGAUGAGCUCUUCGCGCAGCUCGAAGCCGAGAUCGAGGAUGACGAGGCCAAAUUCCGCGAGCACGGCGUCAAGGAGCUGCAGCGCGAGAUGGAGCUCAUGAAGCAGAUGCGCGAGGACAACCACGGGAAGUACACCGAGAUGUCGGACGAAAAGCUCGUUAUUCGGACCAGUGCGACCGAGCCACGCUGCGUGAUCCACUUCUACCAUUCAAACUUCCGGCGAUGCGAGAUCAUGGACAAGCACCUCGCUGCCAUCGCACCGAAAUAUUUCCACACGCUCUUCCUCCGCGUGUUCGUCGAAAGCGUGCCUUUCCUCGUCGAAAAGUUGGGCGUAAAGGUCCUCCCGUGUGUCAUAGGCUUUGUGAAUGGCGUAACGAAGGAUCGAAUUGUCGGCUUUGAGGAACUCGGAAACAAGGACUCCUUCUCCACCGCCACUCUCGAGCUCCGGCUGCAGCAAUCCGGCGUUGUCAUCAAACCCUCAGAGUUUGUACCUGCGGUUCGAAAUGUGACAUCGACUGUCUCUCGCAGCCGCUUCCGACAAGAGCGCGACGACGACUCCGAUUUCGACCUCGAUGACUGA